GUAGAAAAAGCAGCUUCGCAACUGCUUUGUAAUUCUGUGAUACUGGUUCUUGUUCCUGCUGGAUUUGAAUGUAUAUAAACCAAUUAAGUAUAUUGAGGAAUCUUAAAUUACAAAGGUUGCAAAACUGCUUUUCCUGCUAAAGGCUGUCAAUAUUUGUGUGCUAUUUGGAAAUUGUUGCCAAAUUCACAUUAGCAAGCCGCGAACAUAUGAGCGCGCGCGAGACGAAGACCUUUUACAACGAAAGUGACACGUCAACUCCGUUUUUUUCGAAUAGAGACACAUACAAAAUUGUAAAAUUAAGUAAGCUUCACGGCGGUGAUGAAGACGAGAGGGCGAUAAUGAGCUUCGUACGGUCGACGGUCGUUUUCAAUAUCGCCAAAAAUCAAAGUAAUAGAGGUUAAAUCCUGGUGAACGAGGCCUUCACGCGAGAAUGUCUAUUGAUCUACUGCCUGAAUCGGUGAAUUCGUUCCUCGACGACUUCGAGACCAGUCUCUGCCUGCCCAUCCUCAUGGUCAUAGUGCUCUGCACCGCUCAGUUCAUAUUUAAUCAUGCUUUCGGUGUCGGAUACACGAUCUAUCAAAGCGUAAAGAAACCGGCGACGGAAGAUGAAGAGGAGCGAGAUAAAACUGACAUGAUGGGAAAGCUGAAAGGUAUGCUGACCACCCUGGGCAUCUAUAAAGCCGAUACAGCGGCUGCGAUUGGAAAUCCUCCAGAGCACAAUACUCGUGAGGAGGAGUGGGAUUAUUGUGAAGAGGACACUGAAUGAGAUAACAGAGCGCUUCUACCAUUACUACAAUGUAAAGUGCACGGCAAAUAAAUAGAAAUCUUUUCCUCGU